AUGGCCUACACCCUCAAGUGGGAGUGGCACUACAUGCUGCAGAGCCUUGUUGUGCAAAUGACUGAUGGCAAGUUCUGGGGCAAAGUGGAGUUGCUCUGUGAUGAAGGCUACUUCAAGUUGAGGAACGCACUCUUCUUUGGGACAGUGUUACCCCUGGGCUACACCACUGCAUCAACAAGGGCAGUAAAGGACAAGGACAGAGACAACAAGGCUGGCAAGAGCAAGGAUGGAGACAACAAGGCUGGCUAG